CUGAGCUCUAACACUCAGUAAGCGGCGUAACUGGGUUGACCUUAUGCAUACCCCGGCUGAGUGUCUGCUCCCUGGACAGUGGGAUCUGACAGCGUAGAGUUACGCCAGUAUGAUUUGAAGAGGCAUGAAAACAUGGCAGAUACGCCGAAACAUGCAUUCUAUAAAGAGCAUCUAUAACUGCAUAGCAAGCUUCCAAUAUGUCCACCGAGACAGUAAUCAACACCCCUCUGCCCGCCGAGGCUACUUCUCAGGCUGUUAUUAACACCCUACACAACCACGACCUAUACAUUAAGACGACAUGCCCCAAUCUCAUCUCGCAGAAGCACAUCUCCGGGACUCCAGGGCUGGACCAGCCGUGCGUCUAUGAGAUCACCGACAAGCGCGCCGUUGGCCAAACGACGUUUCAGAUGACGCUGACGAACGUCGCUGAGGGCCUCGACUCCCUCAUUGAGGGCAAGGCCCCAACGGGAGCUAUGACCAUCAAAAGCAAGUGGCGCGUCGUGGAGGGCGAACUCCAUGAAACCGUCGAGAUCGACAGUAACAUCGUCACGAAGAAGGUCAUCAAGGGGAAUGUCGAGAAGGCUCACCCCGGAUUUCACCAGGGCUUUUUUUCCGAGGCUGCUAAAGCUUGAAUGAACUAGGUGGAUAGAGCGUGGCUUUGAAAGCCGAUGUCGACCUCUAUUGAUGUCUUUCCUUUUGUCUUCAUAUCGUUUGGCUGCUCUAUAUACAUAACAAAAACCAAGAUAACGCAA